AGCUUUGCUUUCUCUUAGCAAAGGGGGGAGUGUCGGGAGAGUUUUCUGGGCAGCCCCGUCCCGUUUUUGCACCCUUCCCGGGGGGGACGCGUGGCGGGGAGAGGUGUGCGCGGUGCCGGUCGCGGUGCAGAGGCAGCGACGAGGCUGCUCCUUAAUGCAGGAGGCACGGGGUGGCCCCGGAGCAGCUUGACUGACGAGCGGUGGCCGCAGCUCCUCGGCCGGCACGAGCCGAAGAUGCAGGAGUCCGCGUAGCAGGUUUCUGACGGCUCAGCCCCACCGGACCCGGCCGUGCAGGAGGGUGCCAUGAACUGAGAGCGCAGCGCCCCGCGGCUCGUCGAUUUGAUUUUUUUCCGUUCGUUUUUCGUCGCCUCCCCCCCGCCCCCCCCCCCCCCCACGCUUUUUCAUGAAAGCCUUUUAAAAAGGGGGCUCCUCUUCGCCUCCCCUGAGCCGAGUCGCCCCGCUGCGGUGAGGAUUUCCCGAGAAGAUGGGGAGAAAAAAGAUCCAGAUCCAGCGGAUCACGGACGAGCGCAACCGGCAGGUGACCUUCACCAAGCGCAAGUUCGGCUUGAUGAAGAAAGCCUACGAGCUGAGCGUCCUGUGCGACUGCGAGAUCGCCUUGAUCAUCUUCAACCACUCCAACAAGCUGUUCCAGUACGCCAGCACCGACAUGGACAAGGUGCUGCUCAAGUACACCGAGUACAACGAGCCCCACGAGAGCCGGACCAACGCGGACAUCAUCGAGACGUUAAGAAAGAAAGGUUUUAACGGCUGUGACAGCCCGGAGCCCGACGGAGAUGACUCGAUAGACCAGAGCCCCUUGAUGGAGGAUAAAUACCGUAAAGGCAGCGAGGAUCUGGAUAUCCUGUUCAAGCGAUACGGUUCCGCAGUGCCCGCGCCGAACUUCGCCAUGCCGGUGACGGUUCCCGUGACCAACCAGAGCACGCUGCAGUUCAGCAACCCGGGGAGCUCGCUGGUCACCCAGUCCCUCGUCACCUCAUCGCUCACCGACCCCCGGCUCCUCUCGCCGCAGCAGCCGGCGCUGCAGAGGAACACCGUGUCCCCGGGGCUGCCGCAGAGGCCGGCCAGCGCAGGAGCGAUGCUCGGCGGAGACCUGAACACCACGAACGGAGCCUGCCCGAGCCCUGUGGGCAACGGCUACGUGAGCGCCCGCGCCUCGCCGGGUCUCCUCCCCGUCUCCAACGGCAGCACCUUGGGCAAAAUCAUCCCGGCCAAGUCCCCGCCGCCGCCGCCGCCCUCGCACGGCGCCCAGCUGGCCGCCAACAGCCGCAAGCCGGACCUGCGCGUGAUCACCUCGCAGAGCGGCAAGGGGCUCAUGCACCAUUUGACGGAGGACCACUUGGCUCUGCAGAACACGCAGCGGUUAGGUGUCUCCCAGGCGACCCACUCUUUAACCACGCCGGUGGUUUCGGUGGCCACCCCGAGCCUGCUGACGCAGGGGCUGCCUUUCUCGGCCAUGCCCACCGCCUACAACACAGAUUAUCAGCUGACGAGCGCGGAGUUGUCCUCGCUGCCCGCGUUCAGCUCACCCGGGGGCUUGUCCCUUGGCAACAUCUCUGCCUGGCAGCAGCAGCAGCAGCAGCAGCAGCAGCAACAGCAGCAACAACAACAGCAGCAGCAACAGCAGCAGCAGCAACAGCAGCAGCAACAGCAGCAGCAGCAGCAGCAGCAGCAGCAGCAGCAGCACCUCGUUCCCGUCUCGCUAGGGAACUUAAUACAAGGGAGCCACUUGUCCCACACCACCACUUUGACUGUCAACACCAACCCCAACAUCAGCAUCAAGUCGGAGCCCGUCUCGCCCAACCGGGAACGAAACACUGCCACCCCGCUCAGCACCUUCCCCCACCAGCCCCGGCACGAGCCCACCGGCCGCUCGCCCGUCGACAGCCUCAGCAGCAACACCAGCUCCUACGAGGGCAGCGAGCGGGACGAUCCCGCCCGCGCCGAUUUCGGCUCCUCCCUGGGGCUCCUGCGCCCCAGCAGCGAGCCCGAGGGGGAGAGCCCCUCGGUGAAGCGCAUGCGGUUGGAUACCUGGGUCACAUAACGGGGUCCCCGCCGUCCCUUUUUUGGGGUGGGGGGAGUUCGGGGGGGGAUCGGGGAGGCUCCGCCGGCUCGCAGCGGGGAAGGGGAGGGGGUGUGUGUGUGUGGGGGGGGAGGGCUACAGGGUGAAACGGGUGAGGGGUUGGGGUUGGGGUUGGGGAGAUUAUCAUAAACUGCCUGAGAAAUAGCUUUAGGAUUUUGUAGGCAUUCAUUCUAGCACAGCGGGCGGCGCGCGCGGCGAGGCCGGCUGGGGGCGGCGAGGAUGGGGAUGGAGGGGGGGGGGGCGGCGAAAAUCGGAUGGCUGCGUCCGUGCUGGAAGGAGGGGUCCCCGGCGGGGCUCAUCCCUGCGGGGACAGCGGGGACGAGGGGUCCCGGGGUCGGGACAUCCCCGGAGCAGAGCGUCUGCGGGGGGGCGAGGGGCGAUGGGGCGCGUGCUGGCAGGCGCUGAGCAUCCCCGGAACGCCUCGUGCUGCCCCGAGAGCCCCGGGGCAGGGAGAGGAGGCUCGGCCAGGUGAAAUCUGGCUGAAAAUCCUCCCCAAAAAGAGGCCGCCCGAGGGCCACGUCCUCCGCUGGUCCCCAGGCAGCGGCGGGCAGGAGCGGGGUUCCUGCCGGGAUGGAGCGCAGCGCGCGCGUCCUUCGCCACGGGAAGGUGUCGGGGGCACGAGAGGCAGAUUUUUAAGGCUUAAUCCUGACUUUUGGGUUGAAACUUAGCUACAGAGAGCAUCUUUUCCUGCAGAUAAGGGAACUGCGCCUGGCCGCAGUCGCGUUAAACCUGCCCUGACCUCUCCUGGCCGCGUCCUGCGGGGUGCGGGUGGAGCCCGGCUCGUGCCCGGCGGUGGUGGCGCUGGUUUUGAAGAAAUCACGGUUUUCACCAAACAAAAGGCUCAAAUGCAUUUCAAAAUGCAUUCCCAGCCCACGUGGGUCAAAGCUUUAAAUUAGAGGAGUAGGAGCAAAUAGCGUUUAUUUAGGGAUGCAGCUGAAAUAACCCCCUUGGGGUUUCGCCCGAAGGCCUCGGAAGACGGGGAUGAGCCACGCGGAAAAUCUGCGGCAGCCUCAGCCGCGUGAGCCAGGGGCAGGAAAAAGGGCACGAGGGAGACGGGGGGAAGUCGUGGUGCUGCCGGCUGCUCCGGCGGGUCCCCUGGGUGCCGCAGCCUUUCAGGCUUUCCCCUGCAGCCGCUCUGCUCUGGGAUGCCGUCCCCAUCCCCGUCCCCAUCCCCAUCCCCGGCGCGCCGCCCGCUCGGUGACCUCGGGGACAUCCCUCGCGCCGGCACCGCUCCCCCCCCCCACCCCUCCGCUGAAGGUCGCGGUUGCAAAACGGCACAAAACCUGCCCAAACGCCUCGGCUGGUGGCAGAGGCUGCCCUGGGGCCCGCGCGGUGGGGAGAGGACCGAAAAUUCCCAGAGGGUUUCCCCCCCGCCCCCCCCCGGCUCUUGCUCCUCCCGGAGACCUCCGCAGAGCGUGGGGGUUUCCAGCCCAGCCUGCUGAAACGGGGAGCGUUGCGUGAAAACGUGCUCGGGUGAUGUCAAAGGAGAAGCCAAUUGGUGUUUUUCUAAACUUUUUCCGCCUUUUUUUUUUUCUUUUUUCCCCCCAUUGUGAUUUUCCCAAAGUGUCUUAAUUGGAAAAACAGCAGAAAAAAAGUAAACGAUUGUGAUGGAGUGAACGUAAAGCGAGUCGUCUGAGGCGAGGCGACCGAAUGUCCUCCAGAAAUCAGGUGGCAAGAUACGGCUAGGAGAAGCGAUGGCCGGGCAGGGAAGCACGGGGUGCUCCUCCUGUCCCUGCACGAGCCACCAGCUGGAAAAAGCAUCACGAAAACUUCCCCGACCCGGCCCCGCCGCUUCUCACCCCAAAAUCCCCGCGCAGGGCAAUGCCACGUGCCGCCGGCUCACCCAGGGACGUGCCGGGCGGAGAUUUCCUAACGAAGAGCUUUGAAGUACCAAACCGUUCCCACAUUUUUUCUUUCUUUUUGAUGAAAAAUUCUCGCUUUUCCUCUCCCCGAUCCAGCACGGCGCCCCCGAGGGACUCGGGCAGGCGUCGGGCAGCCCCCUCAGGCUCCCGGCAGGUUUUGUGCCGUUCUGCUGCAGCACCCCCCUCCCCGCGCCCCAAGCCUUGCCCAGCGCUUACUGGGGCGUACUGGGAGGCUUCGUGUCGCGAGCCGGGGGGCGGGGGGAGGACGUGCCUCUGUCCCUCCGUCCGUCCAGGAGGCAGGAGCCCCCCCCCGCGCGCUCCCCACCGCUUUCCGUCACCGUCCGGCUCUGCCCCGCGGAGCCGCACCGCAGCUCUUUGCACGGCCUUGCUUUGGAAAUUAGGCGGGAUUGACGACGACGUCUCAUCGGUAUCAUUUUGUUUUCUUUCCUUCUUCACCGUCCUGCGAGGAAAAGCAAACCACAACCAAACGUUUUCCGCCCCGCCGGGGGAGCGGGAGGAGCGCCGGGCACCGCGCGGCGCCGAGCAGCGGCACGCGGCCGUGCCGGGCGGGGGGCAACGAAACAUUUCUGCUCACGGACUUCGCGCCCCGGCUCCCGCGCUCACACCUUGAAGCUGAGAGCCUGGAAAAAAAGAGGAAAAAAAAAAAAAAAAAACACAAAAACCCACAAACGGAACAAAACAAACCCAGAAAAAACGCACUCGGACGCGGAUCCACCUGGAGGGGCGAGCCGUGCCGUGCCGAGCCGUGCCGUGCCGAGCCGUGCCGAGCCGAUUCGUGCCGAGCGGAUCCGCAGCAGCACGGCCCCGGGACUCGACGACCCCCGGCUCGUGCCACGGGCAAGUACGGCUCGUGGGCGAAAUGAUUUCGGGGUUGGUUUGUCGGGGGUCUCUCCGUUCGUUUCAUCGGGGGCUUGGGGUAUUCUUUUUUUUCGUCCGGGCCAUCAUCCUUCCUUUCCCCACAGACUGUAGAGUCCAGUAAACUCCUCCUAAUUUUCAAAAGACACCAAGAAGAACGACAAUCUAAGAAACCAACACCCUCCUUCGUGCUUCUAUAAAUACGUUUCUGAUCUUAUAAUUUUAUUUCUCGUGCUCAUCUGUACUGUUGACAGUUACAAUUGUGUAUAAUUUUUUUUUUGUUUUUUUGUUUUUUUUUUUAAUUUGGAAUUUUUGCGUUGUAUAGGGUUUAGUUUUAAAAUAUAUAUAUAUAUAUUUUCCAUUUUUUAAGAAGGGGUGUUGCAAAAAACAAAAAAAUUGCACGAUUUAAAUGACAAUAGUUAAAAUGCUGCAGUUUUUAGAGAUGUGGAAGCAAAAUGGAGCUUAUUUAUUCUCAAAGGCUAUAAAGGUGUAAAAUGCAUGAAGAAAAAAAAAACAGCUAAUAUAUU